AUGGCUCUCGACCGCUCUCCGCAAUCUGUCUGGCGGCAAACAUCACGCAAGGGAGCUACAGCUAGUAAUGUUGGGCUCGAAGAGCUGGCCGAAAGCAUCUCGAACCUCAGCUCAAAGCUGAUGAAACCUCUGGAUCCCACUCAAAGCGCAGUCUCCGCGGCCAAAGAAGAGAUCGUCAAAAUCCCAGCUUCUUCCAGAGCUGUUGGAGAAGAGCUAGGAGCAACCAUCCAUAGUUUCAAAGUCGGUGAAGGUUCACAUAAGAAGCGGCGAAGCUUUCGACAGGUUCUGAACACUAUCUAG